CGGGGUUUCAGUGCUCCAGUGUGUUUCCAGUAACCGGAGCGAAGAGAGCCGAUUCAGUCAUGGACUCGCACUUUGGGGCCAGGCUGUUUGUGCUCACAUCAUGUUUGGCGCUGGUCUGCUCCAUACCAGCUUCACUUGUUGAAGAAAUCAAAUCGAGCGAGCUACGCGACAGUAAAGUUAAAAGAACGCCUUCAAAUGGAGAACAGAAUUCCGAAAUACAAUAUUUUACAAAACCAUCCGCAGCAAAAAGGGGUGCAAAUUUAAAAAAUGCAAACGCCGAACAACAAUCUUUAAGCGAUUGGACACAAGAUCAGGUAUUGACGGACAGUCUUUCAAGUAUUCAGUCCAGUUUGUACAAUAAUCCAAAUCAGUACGAUGACAAGACGGUUGAAGAAUAUGAGAAAGGCUUCCAGUACGGAGCCAGCAAAGACAAAUUGGACGAGGCACUGGAGAAUGCGGUUCUCAAGUCCGAGUAUUACGGCGAACCGGGGGCGGUAAAUCAGUAUAGGUUUUACGGCGGCGACGACAGGAAAAGGAAACGCAGGUCGGCAAAGAAGCUUAGGCUAAGCCAAAGACUUAAACGGGAUGUCGAACUCACGCCGGAGGAGAUACUGACCCUUCUAAACCUCUAUGAAAAAUCUAGACAGAAUGACAACUACCGCCCAUGGCAAAAUCGGUUGGAAAAUUCGUUUGAUAACUUCGAGGACGGCGAACUGAAUGACAACGAUGAAAGUUGGCUGGAAACUCCAGUAUACCCUCACGUAAGCCGAGACAAUACCGAUAUCGGACCGCAAUAUAUGAUCGACGAGCCGCAGUUGUACGACAAACGUGGAAAAUGGGGCAAUUUCGCUGACAAUAAGAAGAAACGGUUCAUGGUGGCCAAGAAAAGGAACGAUCCCACCAGAGAGCUUAGAUACAUAAACGGACCCAACCAAAACGACUAUUAUACAUUAUCUAGGUUGCUCAGCAACCAGCAAGAACCCGACUUGCCCCUCUAUCGUCGCUUGGUUCUUUAAACCUAUCAUAUCCCGAACGACAUCGUUAGUAAUUUUGUAUAUUUGUACCGAACAAAUAACUAAUAUCUUACUGUUUCUCAACACCACAUAAUGUAAGGGCGUAAAUUAUAUGAAAAUUACUGGCGAUGGUCUUUUAUAUCCUAGGAAGUGUAUUAAGUCUUACCUAAAUCUGUGUUACAAUGACAUAACCAUAUGUGUGUAUAUUUUCUGAAUUACAAAUUUUAUUUAUUAUAAUCAUAGGUCGGUCAGUAUAAUAUUUAAGUACAAGAUAAUAUAUUUACUAAAUGUUGUAAGGGUAAUAAUUAAAUAAAGUAUGCAUAUUUACGUGUUA